CAGACCCAGAGACUUACUCUAGCUAUUUCUACUGGGCUCAUACUCUGUAUGCAAGACUUCCCCUUCUAACUCCAGCACUCAGGGCUAGCAAUGGGAAUCCUACAUGGUUUAUGUUACAUGUCUAAUUGCCCAUCAAAACAAUUAAAAGUAAAACAUACUACUUAUAAAAAGACACCUUAGAGAGUGACAAGCUGCCUUGGUGAACCAGUAAACAGAGAAAUGUGAACAAUGAAGUCAAGCCAUCUGGUCCAAUCACAUUCCUCUCUACAAACCUAACUUGAAGAAUGUGCUCCUUUGAGUUUCAAGUCCUUAUCUGAUUUGUCUACAGUAUCUUUCCUAUAAUUGUCUUGGACAGUGCUCUUUUCCCUGCUGUCUGUUUCUUAGUGAAAGGUCAUGAAGCACGACUGGAAUUACCAUUCUCCCCACCCACCAGAGACGCAGCCUAAGAAUUCGUGUUAGCCAACUUUCCAAUAUGAAGCAAAGCCUCCCUUCCUCCUGUGACGGUUGAGUCAUCCUCUGCUAGAUAAGAGCAGCUAUUUAAACUGCAUCAGAAGCUCGAGCACUGGCAGUUGGCUGACUGAGGUCCUCUACUGUUUCAGUUUCCCAUUCUUGGCAUGAAUUUGGAAAUGGCUUUUGAUGACAAGAUGAAGCCUGUGAAUGGCCAGCCUGAUCAGAAGUCAUGUGGCAAGAAGCCUAAAGGGCUGCAUUUGCUUUCUUCCACAUGGUGGUGCCCUGCUGCUGUGACUCUGGCCAUCCUUUGCCUAGUGUUAUCAGUGACCCUUAUUGUACAGCAGACACAGUUACUCCAGGUAUCUGACCUCCUAAAGCAAUACCAAGCAAACCUUACUCAGCAGGAUCAUAUCCUGGAGGGGCAGAUGUCAGCCCAGAAGAAAGCAGAAAAUGCUUCACAAGAAUCAAAGAGGGAACUGAAGGAACAGAUAGACACCCUCACCUGGAAGCUAAACGAGAAAUCCAAAGAGCAGGAGAAGCUUCUGCAGCAGAAUCAGAACCUCCAAGAAGCCCUGCAGAGAGCUGUGAACGCUUCAGAGGAGUCCAAGUGGGAACUGAAGGAACAAAUAGACAUUCUCAACUGGAAGCUGAAUGGGAUAUCCAAAGAGCAGAAGGAGCUUCUGCAGCAGAAUCAGAACCUCCAAGAAGCCCUGCAGAAAGCUGAGAAAUAUUCAGAGGAGUCCCAGAGAGAACUGAAGGAACAGAUAGACACCCUCAGCUGGAAGCUAAACGAGAAAUCCAAAGAGCAGGAGGAGCUUCUGCAGCAGAAUCAGAAUCUUCAAGAAGCCCUGCAGAGAGCUGCAAACUCUUCAGAACUUCGUCUUACAAGCAACUUCCCAUUCCACCUCCCCAUUUUGGAUGGGAUUACAUCGGAAAAAUCCCAACCACCCAUGGCUAUGGGAGAACGGCUCUCCUUUGAGUUUUCAAUUCUUUAGGACCAGGGGCGUUUCUUUACAGAUGUACUCAUCAGGCACCUGUGCAUAUAUUCAAGGAGGAGUUGUGUUUGCUGAAAACUGCAUUUUAACUGCAUUCAGCAUAUGUCAGAAGAAGGCAAAUUUAUUGCUAACUCAGUGAAACUAAGGAUUCUGGAGAAGAACAGGAGAAGACCUUUAACUGUUGUUUUGAAAUUUAAGCUAUCCUUUCUUGGGUGUAAAACAUGUGGCCUUGACAGCUGUCAGUUACUUUCUAACUGCAGUUCACCUCAACAGAGACAAAGACCAGAAGCAAAAACCCGGGGGUCCAGCUGAUGGCAUCUUUGUAUCAAAAGUUGUGAAUUCAAUUGUUUAUCCAUGUACACUGGCCCCGCCCCUCCCAAGACUCCCAACCAACCUGCAAUCCUUUUUUUCUUUCUUGUUUUAAACUAUGCCUCCUGUCUGACCUGGGGGAUGCUUUCUGCUCAAUUUCCUCUACCUCAGGUAUGCCUUCUGUUGCUGCAUGAAAGACAGAAUGUAGAAAACCUUCUUCAAGUGCAGGCAGAGAGCUCAAAGUUAAAAACAUGCCUAAGAAAUAGCAUGCAAAGAAACAGAACUGGAAAAGCUACACUGUACGCAGGAGCUCAUGGUCUCUAAAAAGCUAUGGCUUGAUCUUCACGACUUGGGUCCAUCUCCAGACUGCACCAUUUACACAUUUAUGUUUUUUUAUUUUAUUUUUAUUGUGUGUUUAUGGAUAGUUGGCCUAUAUGUAUCUCUGUGUACCACAUGAGUGUCUCCAUUCAGAAGAGGGCAUCAGAUUCUCUGAAACUGGAACUGCAGAUGGCUGUAAGCUACUACAUAGAUGUAAAGAAUUGAAUUCAUGUCCUCUGAAAGAACAGUCAGUACUCUUAACCAUGAACUAUUUCUCCAGGUCCCGUGAUCAUUUCUUGUAUCAGCUAUUUCUUCACAUUUGCUCUACCAAAGAACAGAGCUUAAAACAGUAUUUUAUAAAGCCAUAGAAUAUGGCCCCAAAACAAAACUAGAAUUUUUCCCUUAAAUUGCAUACUUUGUAGACAGUCUCUCCUUGACCCUGCCAUGCCAUGCUAUGACUUAGAAACAUACAUGACCAAAAUGGAUGAAACUCAGUUGAAGAACAAGUUCUUAGAAUCACCUGAGCUGGGUAUAAAAAUAUUGUUCUAUGGGAACAGAUGGAUUUAGAAAUAUCUAUUAUCAGGGCCUCCACCAUCCCCACAAGUCACAGACUCUUCCAUUUCAAAGGAAGCUUUCCAUUAUGCUAGAGGUAAUAUAGCAUAUAUGUCAUGUAUAUGAGUGUGUAUUUGUGUGUGUGAGUGUGUGUGUUCAUAUGCUAGAUACGUCCUUGAGAAGAUGAGACAUUGGCAGCUUUGUGUGUAAUGAAUUUGCAAUAAUCCAAAUUUGUAAGUAGUUUCCAUGGUUCCUUAUAGUGAUGACAUCACCACAGCCAAGAUGAUGAGCAUACCUGUUGUUUCUGCCCCUUUCCAAUGCUUCCUCCCUAGAACAAACACCAAUCUGUUGUCAGUUGUCAUUUCAUAGAGUUUAUAAUCUUGUUUUUAAGAGAGAAUCUCAUUAUAUAGUUCUGACUGCCCUGGGACUCACUACACAGACCAGCCUGGCCUCCACCUUCCAGAGUUCCUCCUGCCUUUGACUCACAAGUGCUAACACUGAAGGAGUGCACCGCCAUGUAUGGCUCAUGCAGUUUAUGUGAAUGGAAUAGUAUAACACAUCCAGAUUUUCUCAGUUCAGUUUCUUCCACUUGGUGCUAUUAUUUUGGUAUUCAUACAUCUCUGCCUCAGUGUUUGUAUCAGUUCUUCAAUUUUUUUAAAAUGUUGAUCAUUCCCCUGGUGGGUACAUAUUGUCAUUUUUAUCUGUGUAUUUGUUGAUGUCAUUUGGGUUGUUUUUGUUUGGGGUCACCUACAAAUAAAGCUGCUAUGAAUGCCCAUGGACGAUUCUGGUUUCUCAUGUAAGCACCUCUGAGUGUGACACUUGGGUCAUUCAGUGUGUGAAUAUAUGGUUGGCCAUGUUAACCAUUGCUUUUUGAAAUUUUCAAUUUUUUUUUAAAAUUAGUCGACUUUACAUCUCAACUCCAAUUUCCUUCCCUCCUCUCCUCUCAAUCUUCACCCACCUCCCUCUCCUACCCCCAUCCACUCUUCCCUUUCUCUUCAGAAAAGAGGAGGCUUCCCACAGAUGUCAACCAGCCUUAGCGUAUCAAGUUGCAGUAAGAAUAGGUUUAUCAUCUUCUAUGAAAGCCUUAAUUUUUAGACUUAUCACUGUAUAUGCAGUAUUUUGUUUGCAUGUAUGUAUUGGUACCACAUAUAUGCCUAAUACCAGAGGAAGUCAGAAGAGGGCAUGGUAUCUUCUGAGACUGGAAUUACAGACAUUUUUGAGCCAUCCUACAGACUCUGGAAAUUGAACCCAGGAUUUCUGGAAAGUUAGGCAGUGCUCUUAACCCCUGAACCAUCUCUUCAGGCCCUAUAGCAAUCUUUAUUGAUAUGUAACUGUGUAUAAUUGCACUUUUAGUUUGAAGUUCUUAAAUGGCAAAUAGUCUUGAAUUUAUUUUCAUGUUAUCAUUUACUGUCUGUACAUUUUCUGUAAUGAAAUAACUAAGCAUAUCUUUUGAGAAUUUUAUUUUCUUACAUUUUAAAUCUGAAGGAUUUACAUACAUACUGGAGAAUAAAAACAGCCUAAUGUGGAA